AAGUCAAGCCCAAAGAAAAGCACUGUCUCUAGUGUCACUAAUCAGGACCAAAAUGGCCAUGAGGAGGUUCAGGUGGAUACAAAGGGUGAAAGGAAAGAUGAUGAGGAGGAGGAGAUGGUUGCGUCCGAAGUGCUUGUUACUGGAAGUCCUAGUCAGAAGAGUGCACGGGCAUGUCAUGUUGUACAAGACAGAAGUGCUGAUAAUAUUGGUGGCAUUUAUCCACAAGUUUUGGUCAUAAGUUUUACUCAUUGCUUCAACAGUGUGUCUACUAUUUAUCAGUGUAAAUGUAUGAUACGAUUUUUACCCAAGAUUAAUAAUUUUAUAAUUAUUUAAAACGCAGUUCUGCACUGGCAACGGAAAUAUCAAAUUCUUCUCUUUUUCAGGCUGUGUGCCAACUGUAAAAAGUUAAAAUCCAAAGAAAAUAGUUAACAAAACCAGUAUGUUGGGUCGAAAUUCAAAUACGACAGACUGAAAAGGCAGGGAUACAAAAAGGGACAAAAAGGUUACUUUGUGUCACUAAAAGUUUUUUGAAAAACCAGAUUUAUGAAGACAAGAGGAGCAAAAAUUGGCUGGAUAAAGACAGAUCUGAUGAUGAUGAAUUACACCUUUGUUAACAAAAAUGUUGGGUUCCACCAAUGAAAAAACAUUUGGUUUUUAUUGAACUUUUAGACCUCACUGGUGCUGGUGUAAACAUGUAGAUGUAGAAACUUACACUUUUACACCACGUUCCUAGCUUAAAACUCCCUUUUUUUACUUUUAGUGUCCAUGUUACAGAUGACAACCUUCACACUCAGCCAAAACAUGUGGUUUUCUUGGCUCAGCUGUUGAUGCUGUAGCAGUUUUGUCACAUUUGUACAGCUGAUGAUCCAGAAGUAAAUACUCGCCACGAGAGCACAAUGACUGUUGUGACCACCACCUGUCACAACGUAAAGUGUUUAAGAAAAGUUUUUACCUGGAGAAGUCAGCCGAACAUGCCAGGAACUCAAAUGCUGCUGGCAAUUUUCAUUUGUUUUGGUAUCCAAAACCUGGUGAGUCGGCUAGUAACGUGCUCCACUUUUUUCAGCACAUGGGACUGGGAUGUAUAUCUUUGCAUUUCUUCUUCUGAUACCAGAGAGUAA